AUGAGCCUGGGCCCCGAGUGUGGCAGGGCCUACAGCCAGGCUCCCCUGGGCUGUGCGGUCACGGUGGCAGGCCAGGACCCCCGCCCAUGUCUGCAGCCCCUGCACUCGCUAUGUCUCUCUGGAAACCAGCAGCAGGAGGAGGCCUGGCAGGUCUUUGCUACCCUGGACAACCCUCGGGCGCAGCUGCUGGACCUUCUGGAAGGCAGGAAGCGGUGGCGCUCCAAGAACUCCUCCCCAGAGGCCUGGGUGACCCACGAGCUUCAGCACUGGCUGCAGGGAGCACCCCUGCCUGGGGCCUGCCUUACCCAGGGGGAUGCAGAGCUGACACAGCUGCAGGCCCGGGCCUGCUGCCUGAUCAUUGACAGCCCCCCAGACCUGGUGGAGCCCCUGGUCAGCAUCUUCGAGCUGCAGGACGCAGCACAGAGACCCCUGCUGGGCCACAUCCAGCGCCUGCAGCAGGAGGGCAAGUUCAAAGAGGCUGUGCUGUUGGGCAUGAAACUGAAGCUGCAGCCAGAACUGGAUGUGGAGAAGAUGAGUGUGCCCCUGCUGCUCCAGAACGACCUGAGCCUGGUGGAGCGCUACGUGGCCGGCUUCCCGGAGCUGCAGCGCUGGCUGCUGGGCCUCAUGGACUCCUGGUGCCGUCCUGGCUUCAAGAUCAGCAUGGUGGUGAGACAAUACCCACAUGUGGCCUGCCGGAAACUGGAGCGGCUGAACCCCAGAGAGCUGAGCCGGCAGGUGCUGCGCCUCCAGAAGCUCUAUGGCCUGGACCCCGCUCUGUGCCCUCAUGCGGUCACCCAGCGGCGCCUGGCUGCCCUUCGCUACCUGUGUCACAAGCGGUUUGUAGAGGGAAGCCUGUCUCAGGAGGAUUGGGUGGACUUUGUGCAGGACCUGGUGGGCCAGAGCGAGUGGUUGCAGAAGCAGCUGCUCCGACAGCUGGAUGUCCACAACGACGCAGCCACUGUGGCCCGCUGUGCCCUGGACCUCUCGCUGCCCGCCACGUGCCUGCCAGCUGCCGCUGCAGCAGAACUGGGCCGGCUCCAGCUGGAAGAGAGGACAGUGGAGGUAGCUUUUGAGGACCAGAUGGACAACUACUACCAGCUCCCCAUACCCAGAGGUGCCAUCCACGUCCUGACCUCCUCAGAGGACCUGGCCCAGCAUGCAGCCCGCCUCCUGCAGCCUGGCCAGGUGGUCGGCCUGGAUCUGGAGUGGAGACCCUUCUUCGGAGUGGGGUACCGGCCCCGGCCGUCGCUCAUGCAGCUGGCCGUGGACGGUCACGUGUUCCUGCUGGACCUGCUGCGGCUCUGGCAGCCGCCAGGGGGGCCGGGGGCCCGGGCCUUCUGCCAGCUGGUGUCCCGGCUGCUCUCGGACCCCUCCAUCACCAAGCUGGGCUACGAGCUGGCGGGAGACCUGCGCAGUCUGGGCACUCUCGACCCCAGCCUGGCCCACGCUGGCAGGCAGCUCCGGGGGGCCGUGGACCUGCAGCUGGUGCACCGGCAGAUGCGGGAGAGAGAGAAAACCGAUGUGGAGGCUCCUGGCGGGCCGCGGGGCCUCAGCCUCCUGGUCCAGCAGGUGCUCGGGAAGCCCCUGGACAAGGCUCAGCAGCUUUCCAACUGGGACCGGCGGCCGCUUAGCGAGGGGCAGCAGGUCUAUGCAGCGGCUGACGUCUACAGCCUGCUGGAGGUGUACCGGGAACUGGCAGGGGACCUGGCCUCGAACCCCAGACCAGAGAGCAGGGAGAGCCACGCCCCACAGGAGGCUGCAGCCCUGCCCCCACAGGAGCCCGAAGCUGCGGGCCCACCCACACCCCUGGAGGUGCCAGUCCGCGCCUUCCGUGUGGUCUGUGACAACAUGCUGGGGGGCCUGGCGCGCUGCCUCCGCUGCCUGGGCGCCGAUGUGCACCUGCUGGGUGCCCGCGACAGCCACCGCCGGGCGGCCGAGGUGGCCCUCCAGGAAGAAAGGAUCAUCCUGACAUCCGGGCAGCCUUACCACCAGCUGCGGUCGCUGGUGGGCCCUGGCCGCUGCCUCUCAGUCGACUGCUCCCUCAAGAUCCGGCAGCAGGCGGCCGCCGUGCUCAAGCACUUCCGUGUGCGCGUGACCCCUGCGGACAUCUUCCACCGCUGUCAGGCCUGUAACUCUGACCAGUACCUGAAGAUCUCCCGGGAGACCAUGGAGCAGCUGGCGGGACCCAGUCCGGGCCGUGCAGGGGAUGAGACCACCCAGAGAGAGGAGCCAGGCUCGACCCCAGAGGAGGCCCUGGGAGGCUGCACCUAUGACACGCCAUGCCGCUGGCUGGAGCUGUCGGACCUGCGGAGCCGCACGCCGGCCACGCUGCCCAGCGGCGCCCCCCUGCAGCUGGCCACCGUGCCCACCGCCGUUCUGCGCAGGCCGGACCUGCGCUGUUUCUUCUGCUGCGCUGGCUGCGGCAAAGUGUUCUGGGAGGGCUCGCACCUGGGCCGCGUGCUGGCCAGCCUCCACCAGCUGCUGGACGACGCCCCUGCCCAGUAAACGUGGGACGCCC